AUGUUACCAAGGAAUUCAGUGAGUUUUGGAAUGGUGAAGGCACAGAGUAAGGAGUAUUCAGCCUUUGGUGGUGCAGUUUUUCUGUGCAGCCAUUUGACCAGGAAGGAGAGCUUUAACAAGAAAAUCUUUGGCCUCUCUCCUCGCUGUGCUGAUUUCGUAGAGAAAGUUAAAGCUGGCACAACUUUAUUCUUAUAUGAUGUUGAGCAGUGUAAGCUUCAUGGGGUUUUUGAAGCAACUUCAAAUGGAGCUGUGAACAUUAUUCCUGAUGCAUAUGUCUCAUCAGGAAGGCGGUAUCCUUCUCAGAUACGUUUCAAGAGGAUUUGGUUUUGCAAGCCUUUGAUGGAAGGUGAAUUUCGAGAUGCUGUCCAGAACUAUUCCAUAAAAAACAAGUUUAGCUAUGGUUUGUCACAUCAACAGGUUGCAAAGCUUCUUCACUUGUUUUCUUCACGGAACAGGUUGCAACUUUGUCAGAAUCCAAGAUUAAAAGAUGACCUCCCAAGGGAGCUUGAAACUUCUCUGGUUAAAGUAACUGAUGUGCAGUCCAGUCCAACCAGCAGUUCAUGUGGUUCAUUCAGAAGCCCCUGUCAAACAUGUUCCUCGUCCACUCUGGGUGACAAAUUAACUGAUUCUGCGUCACUAGUUCACAGAGGACUGCAAUCGGACAUCUCUGAUGUGGCUAAGUCCAAGUGCUCACAACCUCCCCUGCACACUGGAGCAGAUACAGCAAUGGUCACCAUACCUAGCAACCAAGAAGCAAUGCAUGAAAAAUCUACUGAUGACUUUAUACCACUUCCGCAGGAGGAAGAUACUUUAGAAGGUGUUGAUGAUCUGUUUGGGUUGCUAAAAGAUGAGAGCCCCUCUUCUGAAUCUAAAGGUAGCAGUGACUCUGAAGACCAUACUACUUUCCACCAUGUUUGUGUUAGGAAGGAGAAGGAAGAUGGAUGCUACCCUCCCAUGUUAAAUUCAAAGCUCCGCUCUGACAGUGAAGGGCGAACAAGUGUGUUUUCUCGGUUAGUGAAAACACAUAAAACUUAUAUCCAAGGAAAAAGGUCCAAGACCGAAGCAUCUCCACCAAGAGGUGCUCAGUCUUUCAAUUCCCUUUCUCAGAGGAAAAAAAAGCAGAAGGCACAGCAUAGCAAGCCAUUUCCAUGUCAUAAUGAUAGAAUGCUGUUUAUGCCUUCAAGUGAUAGGCUGAACAGACUUCCAGCAUCUAACCAUUCAUUUGUCUGGAGAAGAUCCACCAAGUAUUCUGGGGGGAAGCAGAAUGAAAUUCAGACGUUCCUAGAGCCAUUGCUUUGUGAGGAUGGAAAUAAAUGGGAUGUAUCUGGCAAACAACCUGUCAGAUACAACAGUUGCAAAAAUUCAUUUGUUCCUAAAGGUUGCUCAAAGUUGAUGGACUCAUGUGACAAUGAACUAAAUAUGCCCGCAGUGUUUCCUGGAGAACAUGACAGCAGUGAGGUUAAUGUUAAAGAAGAAAUGAGAACCUCUUCCAUGAAUGUUAAGCAGCGUGCUAAUGAAUCACGUGUUGAAGGAGGGGAUCAGGAUUUUUACAGUGAGGAUGUUGAGGGAACAGGAAGGAAGAAGAGGCAAGCAACAGCAUCCUUCCCUCAAGAAUGUCCAAGUGACAUUGCAUUGGUUCCUAAAGGCACCAAGACUUCGGAUAUGCUUGGAAUAUCUGAUGAAAAUCUUAAAGAGAAGGGCAUCAUUUUAUCGUGUAAGGAUGCACAUACUCAGUUAGCUAGACCAUAUUUUGAAACCAACGUGCUCCUGCAAGAUGAACAACAACAAAGCUUUCAAGGCUCCUUUGAAUAUGAUGAAGAAAUCACAAGUGAUUCAUCAUUGAUUCUUGAAAGUUCUACAAUCAUGGACACCCUGGGCAAGCAUGGUUUUGGAGAUAAGAAGACUUCGUUGAAAGAUGAAAUGCAGAGCCAUGUGGCUGAUGGUCAUUUGGGAACUGAAAUAUCCCUCCAACAGAACGAAACCCAAAGCAUUAGGAGCUGCCACAGAGUGGUUAAUGGUGAUAAAAUAUUGCUCAUGGGAAAAUUUGAAACCAUGGAUAUCUUGCCCAAGCAUGGUGAAGAUUGUGAAAACAAGAAGAGUUUGCCUUCUGAUGGAAGUGGUAGGCUUGUUACCUCUUGUAACCUUGAAACCGAAAUGCCCCUGCUGCAGAAACAAACUGCAAAUAUUCAGAGCUGUUCUGAAGUAGUUCAUGAUUAUGAAGUGUUGGUUCCAGAAAUCUCUAAAGUGAUGUUUCCCAAGUUCGAUGCAGACUCUGGAAACAAGGGUACAAGUAUGGGUUCUGGUUAUCCAGAAGAGGUAUGCCAUCUUGUUAAAAGCUAUCAAGAAACUGUGCCUAGUGAUGCUGCACCAGUUCUUGAAGGCUGUGGGCCUCUUAUUAACUCCCCAGCGUUCCAUGGAGACAGUGCAGAAAAGAUUAUCUUAUUGGAUGAAACUUCAGAGCAUCUGUCUACUGAUCAUCAAGGUACUGUUAUGCUUUCUCAGGUCGAACAUUACCGCAGCUGCUGUGGUGAUACUUCAUCUGUUCUGGAAUAUUCCACAGUGGGCACAAGUGCUGAGGAUGGAGAUAGUGAACACAAGAACUCAUUUGAUCAGAAAGAUGAUGAAAGUCUGUAUUUGGUGACUGAUUCAAAAGAUUAUAGAAACACUGCCAACACUUCCUCAUCUGACGGAAGUCGCAGUUGCGCACCUACUGAUGAUCAGGAGUGCAGCAAACCAAUGCUGCUUAAAGAGGAGCCAUACCAAAAUUUCCAAGGCAACUCUAAUUCUCUGGACUCCUUUGCAGUCUUAUCUGAAGGCUGUGGAAGCAAGAGUGGGAUAUCAGUCGAUAGAACAUCUGGCCAUCUGGUUGCUGAUCUUCUGGGAACGAGCUCGGAGUCCAGAACAAGUUUCGUCAAUGACUCUUCAAAUGGACCUGCCGGGACUUUCAGUACCUCUGCUUUCGCUGUUGAAAAUGCAGACCACACCACCAACGGAUCGGAAGCCUACGCAGAGCCGCCCAUACUUCAGCAUGAUCCUGGGGAAGCGAUGGAACAGCUGUGAUCCUCGCUCAGCAUGCACAACCUGUGGGCUGUGGCACAGCUUGAGAGGAGUUUUAUCUACCAGAGCAUCAGCAUUACACAGUGAACUGCCCUCUGUUGUUAGAAUGUUACUAGAACCGUUGUCUGUUGUUAAGUGUGUUAUCAUCCCUAGCAGAGCGUAAAUUUGAACUACGGGAAGUUGUAAGAAGUAUCGUGAACCUGGCGUUGUGUUGUAGCUGUUGUUUACUAUUCCAACCUAUGUUUGUACUGCAAACGGUCAAGACCGAGUUAUCUCGAAAAUCGUAAUUU